AUGGCAACAUCGACAUCCACAGCAGCUUCUUCCGGCAACAAUAACAGUGUCAGCAGAGAAGGGUCGGCGAAAACUUUGGCGGCUGAUCAAAUUUCACAGGCCAUCCAGUCCACCUCCAACCUCCUCCACCUCAUGCUUCAGUCUUCCCCUGCUCAGGCUGAAUUGAUGAAACUUCCAAGAAGCCUUUCGGCAAAGGCAGCUACCAUAAAAAACACGGAAUCAGUAUGCUGA